AUGCACAAACUUAUUAUCAAGGCAUGGGAGGCGUAUUUCAAGGACCUAAAACAGGAAUUAGCUGAUGCACCAGGACAAAUUUCAUACAUGGGGGAUAUCUGGCCAACAAAAGCUCAGUACCCAUACCUGGCCAUUACCACACAUUGGAUACAUAGAGACAAGUCUACCAAAGGUCUUCAGCUGUGUUCUGCACUAAUCGCAUUUCACUGUCUUUGA